GGUCAACAUUCUUUCUCCUUGAUCUCGGCAAGUACAAUAAAAACCCGCGGCCCAGCAGAGGAACCAUUUUUGAGAGAAAUACUAUACAAUCUACUCCCUUGUUUAUCUUCUCGCAGAGACGAGUUGUUGCUUUAGCUUUUCGUCUGAUCGUUUUGCUCUGCCGUGUUGAUCAUGGGUGCCUUGAAUAAAGGCGGUGACCACGACGCCGAUGGCGGGAGCGUCUGCGUCCUGCGCUUCCCCUCGGAAGUUGCGGGGUCUCGCGAGGCGGUGCUGCAAAAGCUUGGACUGUCGGAAUCGUGUUGGACGACGCCAAUUUCUGUAGUGGAAGACCGAAUAGCUGCGGCACUGAAAACAAGCACUGCUGAUUCGCCGCAGAAACUGGACCUGUCCCACGUGGAUCUCAGUGACCGAAAGCUGGAGAUCGCCGUGGAAAACAACAAGCGAGAGUUCGAAGCACAGGUCCGCAAGUACGCCGCCGCGCAGGAGCUGCGAAAGAAAGCCGGGAAGGUAGUCGGGGAUAUAAUUGUCUUGUUCAACAAGUACUAGACAAUGAUGCGGUUGUAAAUUUGGGCAAUAGAAGAUGCAAUGAAUCGGCAGAAGACGCAAGGAAAGCUUGCGUUUUUCAUAAUUUCGAAUAUGCGGUUUGUUUUUUCCCCAUAGAGCUACGUCGCGCAAUGAUAAAUCAUGUUGAAUCUGAACACAGGAAAAGGACUUUGCCACUGCGACCUCAAAGCGCAAGAAGGCCAAGGAGAUGGAGACGGAGGCGGAUGAACGAAAGGUGGAACUGAGGACCGAAAUGGAGGAGCACAUUGAAAACAUGCAGCGCCUAGGGUGGCAAAAGCUCAUCUACACUUGGGAAAACAGGAAAGAGGCAGACGGAACGGCUGGAGCCUCUUCAUCUCCUUCCAGUGCUGCAGCAAAGCGGGAUGGCACUGCCAGUGAAUCGGCUGGAAGUGGUGCUGCGGCGACUACGAGCGAAACGGACGAUAUUUUGAUCGAAGAGAUUGAACCAGAGGCACGUGCGACGAGCGGUUCUACAACGGCUAGCGCCAUGGCUGCGCUUCAGCGAGCAGCGGCUCCCGGAGAUACUUCUCGAGUAUGGGCGGACAAGGAAAAAGAGCAAAUUGGUAUACGGUAUAGAAGUAGACUUCGUUUCAUUCACCAUUCGCAUUUUCGGAGUCUCGUUGGUGUUUCUGUUUCAUCGCAUUGGUAGAUUCUGUUACCGUCCGUACUACAUUCUGCCCUAUAGCAAUACAAAAAUAAACAUAGAACCUUCGGAGAGCGAGCCUCCUGGAGCAUUGUCACAGGCCGCAGGAUUCCAAGUGACCAGUGGGCAGACACUACAGCUACGGGACGUGCGGAUACUGAACUUCCGAAACUGCAAUCUCGGUGGAACGGCGCUCGACGCUUUGUUCGCAGCGAUUCUGCAACAAGAGAUACCUCUUCACGCAAUAUGCCUAGAUGCCAAUCCGAUUCAGGACGACGGGAGCCGCGUGCUUGCUCAGAUGCUCUGCCACACUUCAGAGCCGCACACCAACAACGCUAAAGCAGAGAAGGUUGAACUAGAACUCGUCUUUCUAAAACUUAUGUCUGCAGCUCUGCUGAAGUAUGGAAACCUUUCGUGUCAUGAUUCCGGCUGAAGUACAAUUCUGACGACGCCCUUCCAAUAGCCAAAUUUGACCAAUGCAACAGGCCAAGCGCGUGACGCAGUUGGGGCGAAAACAUGCCCGGAAAAUGGACGCGGCAACUGCGAUCUGUCCCACUCUCGAAUCAGUCUCGGCGCAGGCUAUUCAGAUUACCGAUGCCGGCUUCAGCACGCUCGUGGCGGCCAUUGCAAAAGCAGGGCCGAACCUGCACCUCCUGGACGUUCGUAACAACAGCGGCGUGGAGAUGGGCAGCAACGACCGAGACAUCGCUUUGCGAGGCAUGAAAACCUUUAACAAAACGUGUGCCGUCCUUCACUGAUUGCGGACUGAGUGUUGGUUCAUCUUCCUUCUUGACGACAACAAGCACAUGAAAAACAUACCACCUUCACCUUGUCAUGGCGUGUUGCGCUGAGACCCUAUGUAAUUGUUUGCGCAGGGUGGUAAAUCUGUUGACUUCAUCUUCGGUUGCUGUUAGAGUAAUUUGUCGGUGUCGUCCCAGGGUCGCUCGGACUGGAAUCAAUGUCAUCGUGGAAGAAUAGCAGGCUAAGCAUCGCAAUGUCGUGAUCGUUUCUGAUCGUCAUCGUUUCGUAUAGCUUCUUCUGAUUGAUUGAUAUGAAUACAAAUACUGCUCCCGCCCCGGUUCGCCGGAUCCUCUUUAUCAUGUGUACGAAUACGAAAAACAAAAAGAUCUGUUGGCGAUCGACGUUCAGGCCGGACUUGAGAGAGCUUUAAUAGUUCUUGGAUCAACUUGAUCAUAGAGCCAGAUCUAUGUUCUUUUUCUAGGGUGAUUUUUGUGACGCCUUGGGGCGGCUUGUUGGAUGCUGUUUAUCGACUUAGACGGUUUCGUCAGUGUUUUUCCA